AUGAUCUUGCAAAAGUGCAAGGAACACAACAAUCCAGAAAUCAUUUACAGAGAAGUUGAUGAGGUUGUCAACAACUUCCGGGGGCCGGCUAAGGCAGGGCAUAUGGAAUCCUCCUACACUGUUGGCUUGCUAGUGCUGGUGACUCCUACGGAGGGACAAUAUGAUGCAAUGGAAUUCAUUAACUGUGAGGGUAAUCGGGAGUGGUAUUUCUCAUGGGACUUGGCGGGUGACUACUCUGACACGGUUGCCGACGUUUGUGGUUUUAAGUCAUGUUUAUGGUUUGAAGGAAUUGCUGGUUCCGAUUCCCGAAGCAGUCAUUCAUUGAAGAUGACAGACACCCAAAUGCCAGGGAGCUUGCGUGUUGUCAAAGCAUGA